GCCGGAGUAGAAGACUCGCGCUGUCAGUGUUCGUGUGUCCUCUGGCUAGAGUGUAGGAUACCACCAUAGACCACCAUAGCAUCCUCUACCAUGGACCACCACACCACUUGACAUGGAUAUCUAGUUAACUGCUCUGUUGACGACUUCAGUGUGGAAAUGGAAACUAGGGAGAACCCGUUAGCAAACGACCACCUUCUGGGGUUGGAGUUGAACCAGUGUGGGAUGGGGAAGCCAUCCAACACGGCGGCGAAGAAGGAAGACAGCCUUCCUGAGCGAGGAAGCUGGACGAACAAGCUGGACUUUAUCCUGUCUGUGGUCGGGUUGGCCAUUGGGUUGGGAAAUGUGUGGCGAUUCCCUUACCUCUGUUACAAAAAUGGCGGUGGAGCCUUUCUCAUACCUUACUUCCUCACCCUGCUACUGGCGGGCAUCCCCAUGUUCUUCCUAGAACUCGCCCUUGGACAGAUGCUGACGAUAGGAGGGUUGGGAGUGUUCCGCAUCGCACCCAUAUUCAAAGGAAUUGGUUAUGCUGCUGCCGUCAUGUCUUGCUGGAUGAACAUUUAUUACAUUGUUAUCCUAGCGUGGGCUAUUUUCUAUUUCUUCAUGUCCCUCAGAUACGACGUACCCUGGAGAACUUGCAACAACUAUUGGAACACGAAAUACUGCGUGAACGCAUACGAGAGGGACGCUUUGACGUGUUGGAAAGUGAACUACAACAACACUGCUUACCAAACCCUCUGCGCUAUCGGCAACCAGAACGUCACUACCAAGGAGCUUACAGACCCCGUCAAGGAGUUCUGGGAACGUCGAGUGUUGCAAAUAUCCGAGGGUGUGCAACAUGUUGGCAACAUCAGGUGGGAGUUGGCGGGAACAUUGUUGCUGGUCUGGGUAAUGUGCUAUUUCUGUAUCUGGAAGGGAGUCAAAUGGACCGGCAAGGUUGUAUACUUCACCGCUCUCUUCCCAUACUUUCUGUUGACGGUUCUGCUGGUUAGAGGAAUCACUUUGCCAGGAGCUUGGGACGGGAUCUACUUCUACAUAAACCCCAAUCUGUCCAAGCUUGGCGAGUCUGAGGUCUGGAUUGAUGCUGUCACACAAAUUUUCUUCUCCUACGGACUCGGUCUGGGAACAUUAGUAGCUCUUGGAAGCUACAAUAAGUUCACCAACAAUGUUUACAAAGAUGCUCUAAUCGUCUGCUGCAUCAACUCAGGCACAAGCAUGUUCGCAGGGUUCGUAAUCUUCUCUGUGGUGGGAUUCAUGGCUCACGAACAACAGAAGCCCGUAGGCGAAGUCGCUGCUUCAGGUCCUGGAUUAGCGUUCCUCGCCUAUCCUUCGGCUGUACUGCAGCUCCCUGGUGCGCCUAUUUGGUCCUGCCUGUUCUUUAUAAUGAUCCUAUUCAUAGGAUUGGACAGUCAGUUCUGCACAAUGGAAGGAUUCAUCACAGCAAUGGUUGACGAAUGGCCACAGCUUCUCAGAAGGAGGAAGGAGAUCUUCAUUGGUAUUGUCUGUCUGUUGUCCUAUCUAGUCGGCUUUUCUUGUAUAUCCCAGGGCGGAAUGUACGUUUUCCAAAUCCUCGACUCGUAUGCAGUCAGUGGGUUCUCCUUGCUCUUCCUCAUCUUCUUUGAGUGCAUUGCCGUCUCCUGGGCGUUUGGCGUCAACCGUUUCUACGAUGGCAUCAAGGAAAUGAUUGGCUACUACCCCGUUGGAGUCUGGAAAUUCUGCUGGACUUUUACAACCCCGGUCAUUUGCAUUGGCGUGUUUAUUUUCAACCUGAUACAGUGGACCCCUAUAAAGUACCUGGACUACGAGUACCCAUGGUGGAGUCAUGUCCUGGGAUGGUGUACAGCUUUGUCCUCCAUGUUGUGCAUUCCGGGGUACAUGAUCUACAUUUGGACAAAGACCCCCGGCGACUUCAACACGAAAAUGCGGCUGCUAGUACGGAUAGAGGACGAUGUGCCGGCGCUGCGACGCAGAAUGACCAACUCUGCGGAUCUGACCUCUCUGUAAUCACAUUAGAGACAACCGGGAGAUGCUACGAGCAACACCAGAGCCCCCAGUACAAGUCUACAGUGUCUGUGUAAUGUGUUGUGUGCCGUUGGACGAUAUGAGCCGAUCUUAGUAUAUUAGAGCGCAAAAUGAACUGAUUUCAUCACCCACCCUGUAUUAUACACCGACUUGACUAGCAGUAAGGACACGUACAACAUGUAUCAGAUAGGAGACUCAUCUCACCGUCAAGACAGGAUCAACCCGGUUUUCGUUACGUUCAUCUCAGAGCUUACUUAAACUUUUAUAGACGAAUUCCGAUCCGAAUAUGUUGUAUAUUGAGCUGUACACAAUAAAGAGAAUUUAUGAUGUGGUAAUA